AUGGGUGAGGAGCCCCGGAGCAACAACGAGAGUGCUCUGUACAUCGCGAGAUUUCGUCGCAGUUGCCGCAACCGCGAGUCUUACGACGCGGUCGCGCAGUUGGAGGCGGAAUUGCGACGUGCCUACAUGGUGAAGGGACUCGAGGCGCAGCUCGAGGAGAGGCAAGUCUGCAGACAGGCCGAGCUCGUGCGAAAACACGAGGGCGCCGAGCUGAGUCGCCAGCAGCAACAGAAAGCGUUGGAGGAGGAUCUCAGGCGCCGAUCGGAGAAUCUGCGGAAGUCCGCGGAAUACAGGCAACAGCUGAACGAGCAGUUGACACGAAAAGAAGAAGAAAAGAGAGUACUUAUGGAAGAAGCUCGCGAAUACAGGAAGUUCCUGGAAGAAGCGGACAGACUGCAGGAGGAACGGGAGCGCGCUCGUACACUAGAGAAGAAGUGCGAGCUGGUGGAGAGGAUGAGACGGGAGAGACUGCGUCUCGAGGAGAUGAGGGAGAUCCGUCGGCAAAAGGAAUACGAAAUGGAAGAAAAGAAGCAACGAGAAGAUGUAGAGUACUUGAAGGAGGUAGAGGUAAGAUCAAAGGAGAUGAACAGACUUCGAAGAGAGCAGUUGGAGAGACGCGAGCGUGUGCAGAUGGAAAUAACGAGAAUAAUACUUGACGCCGAGGCUCGGAAACGCGAGAAGGAAGAGUAUCUGAUCGACCUCGUGGCAGAGGAGAUAAGGUGUGAACUUAUGAUCAGAGAGAUGGAAGAGACAACGCGUCGGAAAAAGAUGCAGCAGGAGCUGGCCGUUAGUUUGCGGGAACAAAUUGUCUUUACCGAACAGUGUAAAAUGCGUUUCGCGGAAGAGGAUAAAGCAUGGGCCGAGGAAGUUAUGAGGAAGGUCAUGGAGGACGAAAAGACGGCGAGGUGCACGGCGGAGGCGAAGAGAAGAAUGAAAACGCAGUAUCGACAGGAUCUAGAGAAGUUGAUUGCGCACCGUCGCAGAAUUCGAGAAGAAGAAAUCGCGAGAAUUGAGGAAGUCGCCCGCGAGGAACAGAGGCUGAGGUUAAUUGAGAUGGAACACGCGAAGGAGGAGAGAAAACGCUUGUUGACAAUACACGCGACCAACAUCGCGAGCUUCGUGGAUAGAGCGAUUCUCACGCCCGAGGAGCAACAAAUACUCGCCGAAUUAACGAAAACAAAUCAAACCGUUGACAGUAACGAUGCGUCGAAGGAGACGCAAAAAGAUUGA